UUUGUGUGUCAACUUCUCAUCUAUGCCAUGGGAACGAGUGGCACAGAUCUGCUUCUUGUCACAGACAAAGGUAUCUCCCUGUACAACACAACAACAGGAGAUAUCAGGAAACUCAUGUUGGAAAACGAGCUGAUGAUCAAAGAAGUGGAUUUCCACUACAGACGGAACGAAGUGUAUGGCCUUACUAGGAGACAGAUCAUCAAAUGUCCAUUGUCAAACGCACAAAGCUACACGUACAAACCAGUGGUGUACAGCGAAGACGAGUACAACUUUAUGUCAAUGGCCAUAGAUUGGGUGAACGACAGACUCUAUUGGACAGCUGGUCCAGUGUUUAUGAUUCACAAGACUACACUCAAUGGAUCAGAUCAUAGAGUCGUCUUUAGAGGAUACUACAUAGAGAACUUCCACAGGAAACUGCUAGUGGACCCUUACGCUAAGUUACUUAUUUGGGCCGCCUCCAGCACCAUCUACAGAAGCGACCUGGACGGCCAAGACCUCCAAGAGAUUCGGUACCCAGAGGUCCUAGGCAAUGUGAGAGCCAUCGUCCGCAACCUGGCCCUAGAUGUUACCAGAGGCCGCCUCUACUUCCUGGCGGGCUUCGAGGACGACGACGUCUGGCUACUGAUGUCAGGGAGGUACGAUGGGUCGGAGUUCCGCAGACAUGACUCUGUCUCUAGAUUUACUUACUCACUGACAGCACUUGGCGAUGACAUUUACUGGGUGUCUAAGGAGUUUGGAGAAGCUAAGGACCACGCAAGGGACCACACCAAAAGACCUCACACCAUCGUCCUGUACAAAGCCUCUGCUCUAGUCGUCGGUUCUCAGCAGAAGAUACUAGACCUGCAAACAGGGGCAGUUUGGAGUAUGAAGAUAUGUGACGCAGAGUCUCAAGGUCUAUUGUUAUCAAGUGCUUGAAAAAUAGGAGACGAAAUUAAACAUGAAAGGUAAAACUGUUUGGAGUGAAAGGAUAACCGAAUUUCACUCUAAUUGCAUUACACUGUCAAGACUGUGGUCGUGUAAUUGUGUUUCUUGUCUUUACCUGGAAAUUCCGGAAAAACCAAACACAAAACCUAAGCUGAAUUAAAAAAUACCUAUGAAAAACUGUACAGUAUACUCAAAACUAUAAAGCCUUUAGUUUUGUUUCAGUUGUGUUAUACCAACGUUUUAUGUUGUGGAUAUGUUUACGUUAAAUAAACCCUAUCUACAUUACUUUACGUAUUAGGCCAUGUGACAUUGAAUUUAUGUAAAAUA